AUGCGCCAGCCUCGAGUCAUCGUCAUCCGACAUGGCGAGACUGAGUGGUCAAUCAAUGGUCGACAUACAGGGACAUCUGAUAUCCCAUUGACAGCCAAAGGAGAAGAGCAAGUCGCUCGACUGAGCAAGACAGCUGUCGGACCAGACGGCUUCCUGCGACCCGAGCGAAUAGCCCGUAUAUUUGUCUCGCCUCGCGUACGAGCCAGGCGAACGCUCGAACUGUUGCUCUCCUCAGUGCCUCAGCCACAACGCGACUUGCUCGCAGACCGAACCACGAUAGACGACGCCGUUCAAGAAUGGAUGUAUGGCGAAGGUGAAGGCUUGCGCCCCGCCGAGCUCUCUCAGCGCUAUGGCUCGCAAUGGCAAAAGUACCGUGAUGGCUUCCCGGGCGGCGAAACACCUGAAGCCAUUCGCACACGAAUCCAAGGCGUCAUCUCGAAUGUCCAUGCUGUUCAUGCACGCUAUUGGGAGGCAAAUGAUGAGAGCGAGCCCAGUGAUGUGCUCAUUGUCUCGCAUGGCGAUUUCACGCGAUGUCGGUCGGCCAGCACUGCUGCCACAGUUGGGCUUACGCAGAUUCAAGGUUUCUUGAUCGCUUGGCUCGAUCUGCCGUUCGAAGCAGGUCAGAAUCUUACAGUCUCUCCAGGCGCGAUCAACGUUGGCGGCUACCGGCCUAACAGCAUCAGCAAACGCACGCUCGAAGGAUUCAACUUGUAUUCGCUGCCACCGAGCUAG